AUGCGGUCACAGAAACAUAUUGCCGCGUCCCUGCGGAGGGUUUCGGGAGCCCUGUCCCACGCAUCCUACAGCCCCGCGACAUCACAGUCAUCUAGAACUGCUGCGGUAGCUGGACAGCGGUUAUCACGAGCUCAACCACAACAACAACAACAGCAACGAUGUCUACACGAACAAGCGCCCCGGCGCAGCGGCGCCUCCAAUCCCGCAAUGGCCUUCCCCUGCCUCGACGCCCUCGAAACCCGGUCCGAAACCCUCAAGAAGCGCUCCGACUCGAGCGGCCCCGAGCCAUCCUACGUUGCCGGUGCCACCCAGACCUUCCAUUGUGACGAACCCCUACUUCUCGACUGGGGUGGCAUGCUCCCCGAGUUCGACAUCGCCUACGAGUCGUGGGGCGAGAUGAACGCCGACAAGUCCAACGUUAUCCUGCUACACACGGGUCUUUCAGCGUCGUCCCAUGCCCAUUCUACGUCAGCCAACCCCCAGCCCGGAUGGUGGGAGAGGUUCAUUGGUCCCGGCCUCGCCCUCGACACCGACAAAUAUCACAUCAUUUGCACAAACGUUAUUGGCGGCUGCUACGGUUCAACGGGACCGAGUAGUAUUGACCCGGCCGAUGGACAGCGCUAUGCCACCAGGUUUCCCAUACUUACGCUGGAGGAUAUGGUACGGGCGCAGUUCCGUUUGUUGGACAAUUUGGGGGUCAACAAGCUGUACGCCAGCGUGGGCUCUAGUAUGGGCGGCAUGCAAUCGUUGGCUGCCGGCGUGCUAUUCCCCGAGCGUGUUGGCCGGAUCGUCUCGAUCAGCGGCUGCGCCAGGAGUCACCCAUACAGCAUUGCGAUGCGGCACACGCAGCGGCAAGUCCUCAUGAUGGACCCCAACUGGAACCGAGGUUUCUACUAUGACAACGUCCCCCCACACGCUGGCAUGAAGCUGGCGCGCGAAAUUGCGACUGUGACGUAUCGGUCAGGUCCCGAGUGGGAGCUGAGGUUCGGCCGUAGAAGGGCGGAUCCCAGCAAGCCGCCUGCUCUUUGCCCGGACUUCCUCAUAGAGACCUAUCUGGACCACGCGGGAGAGAAGUUUUGCCUGACGUACGACCCAAACAGUUUGUUGUACGUCAGCAAGGCUAUGGAUCUGUUUGAUUUGGGUCAUGCGUGCCAAAAGGCUGCGGCUACCAGACGGGCUGAGCGGUUGGAGUCGCUCCAUAAGGGGGUCUACGCAUCAAAUGAGAACGUGUCCUGCAGCCUGACGCUGCCGGACAAGCCCUACGAGGAGCAGCCUGAGUCGGGGGGCUCCGCAGAUAUUGACACCAAGCUUGCCACACAGUCAGACUCCUCGAAGCCACCCGAGGAUUUGAUCAAGGGCUUGUCUGCCCUGCGGGACCACCCGGCCUUGGUCAUGGGUGUUGCCAGCGAUAUUCUGUUCCCAGCAUGGCAACAGCGCGAAAUUGCUGAUGCGCUGAGGUUGACUGGGAACCGGAACGUGGCGCAUUAUGAGUUGAGUGAGGAGCAAAGCAUGUUUGGUCACGACACGUUCUUGUUGGAUGUGAAGAAUGUUGGAGGGGCUAUCAAGAACUUUCUGCAAUAAAAAGGGGGAGGAGAGAAUGUUUCAAUACUGCAGAUUUAACAGCAGGAUGGAGGAAGUUACAGUAAUAGAAGCAGAGCGAAACGGGAAUCCAGACCCUGAGCCAUACCACACGCAAAGCACAUCCACCUUUG